CGUCAUGAAGUGACAGCAGACAGCAGCAGUUCUCGGUGAGUUGAGAGCUGCAGCCGCCCGUUUCCCUUCGAGCUCUGAGGCGGAUAUUACAGCGGACAGAGAGGGAGUGAUCGGACGAAACACAGCGCCCGUGUGGUCGAUCAGACCCCCGAUUUCCCGGCCUAGCCAUGGACGAGCAGGCGGGCCCUGGUGUGUUUUUCAACAACAAUAACGACUCGGUUCUUUCCGGCGGACCGAAAGCGCCACAACCGGGUGACGGCGGAGAGGCGGCCCGCGCUCAGUACAGUAUUCCGGGGAUUUUACACUUUCUGCAGCACGAGUGGGCCCGUUUCGAGGUGGAGCGGACGCAAUGGGAGGUGGAACGGGCCGAACUGCAGGCUCAGAUUGCAUUCUUACAGGGUGAGAGGAAAGGUCAGGAGAACCUGAAGAAAGAUCUGGUGAGACGCAUCAAGAUGCUGGAAUAUGCGCUGAAACAAGAGAGGGCCAAAUACCACAAGCUCAAGUACGGAACGGAACUCAACCAGGGCGACAUGAAGCUGCCCAGUUACGACUCAGAUGACGGCAAUGAGAACGAGGCACUUCCUGAGCCACCCAACAGUCAACUGAACUGGAAACAAGGACGACAGCUGCUGAGAAAGUACCUGCAGGAGGUGGGAUACACCGACACCAUCCUUGAUGUGAAGUCACAGCGAGUCAAAGCGUUGCUCGGACUGACAGGAGACAACGGAGAGAGACCUGGAGACAAGAAACCAGAACCCAUGGUGAACGGAACCGAACUUUCCUCUCUGAAGGACAGCACCACCACCAUGAUCGGUAAACCAGAGAUGUCGGACUCUACUACGGUGUUGGAAGCCUUCAAGUUCAUCGAGAAAGCAGCAGCUGAAUUCAGCGAUGAAGAUGAGGAUGAAGAUAGCGAGGGACAAAAUAAGACUAUCGUUGACCUUGCAACCAUGGUGAGGAGGAAGGUGUCUCCCUCGCCCUCCUCUUCCUCAGCAGAUAUGAGUGAUGAUCUGGACACAGAGGAAGUCCUGAAAGGCUUUGAUUUUCUAGCUAACAGUGAUGACAUGGAAGGCCCAUCUGAAACGCCCUCCGCUGCAGACAGACCUGACUGGGAGAAGGAAGAGCAGAGCCCUUUGUCUGAGGCCUGGGACGUGGAUGAAGGUCUAAUCUCAAAACUCAAGGAGCAGUACAGGAAGGAACGCAAGGGCAAGAAAGGGGUGAAGAGGCCAAACAGGUGUAAACUGCAGGAUAUGUUGGCUAAUCUUCGCGACGCUGAGGAUUUGUCAUCUAUUCAGCCGCCGGUGGCACCUCCUGUCCGCCCGAGUCUGCCCCGCCUCAAUGAGCAUCAGAUUGGACGCACAGACGAGGUUGAAGCCCUGACGUUCCCUCCGUCCUCUGGAAAGUCGUUUAUUAUGGGAACAGACGAGGCGCUGGAGAGUGAACUGGGUCUCGGAGAGCUCGCCGGUCUCACGGUCGCCAACGAAGCAGAGAAUCUGUCAUACGACAUCACCAACAACAAAGACACCCUGCGUAAGACCUGGAACCCCAAAUUCACUCUCAGGAACCAUUUUGAUUCCAUUCGCGGUCUGGCGUUUCACCCCGUGGAGCCCGUCCUGAUCACUGCAUCUGAAGACCACACGCUGAAAAUGUGGAAUCUACAGAAAACUGCUCCGACCAAGAAGUGUACAGCUCUGGACGUGGAACCCAUUUACACAUUCAGGGCUCACAGGGGUCCGGUUCUUUGUGUGGUGAUGAGUUCUAAUGGAGAUCAGUGUUUCAGUGGCGGUUUGGAUGGAACCAUUCAGAGCUGGAACACUCCAAACCCAAACAUCGACCCCUACGACUCAUAUGAGCCGUCUGUGCUGCGGGGGGCACUGUGCGGUCACACAGACGCUGUGUGGGGAGUGGUCUACAGCUCGGCUCAUCACAGGCUCCUCUCAUGCUCAGCUGACGGAACAGUGAGAUUGUGGAACGCUGCCGAUACGGCGCCUGCCACAGCCGUCUUCAACGAGAAUAAAGAAAUGGGCAUCCCGUCGUCUGUGGAUCUUGUGUGCAGUGAUCCUGCUCACAUGGUGACUGCGUUCAGUAAUGGUAGGAUGGGAAUCUUCAACAUGGAGACCCGACAGCUGGUUCUGGAGCUCGAGUCGCAGGCAACAGGCAAACCUGAUGUGCCGUGUCAGAUCAAUAAAGUUCUCAGUCACCCAACACUGCCGAUAACCAUCACGGCACAGGAAGACCGCCACAUACGAUUCUUCGACAAUAACACAGGCAAGUUGAUUCACUCUAUGGUCGCUCAUCUGGACGCUGUGACCAGUCUUGCGGUGGAUCCAAACGGACUCUAUUUGAUGUCUGGUAGUCACGAUUGUUCCGUGCGUUUGUGGAACAUGGAGAGCAAAACCUGCAUUCAGGAGUUCACGGCUCACAGGAAGAAGUUCGACGAGUCCAUUAACGACGUGGCGUUUCACCCCACCAAGUGCUACAUCGGAAGCGCGGGGGCUGACGCCCUCGCCAAAGUUUUCGUAUGACCUUUGACCUUGACCAAAACUGCUUCAAUGGACUGCUUUAAAGCCCUCUUUCCCCCCUGUAAACCCCUGACUUUUUCCGACGCCUCAUCCGGGCUGGCCUGGGUACAUGCGGGCAAGAAAACUGAUACCCCACCAGAGGGGAGUUUGUGCCCCACCAGAGGGGAGUUUCUGCCCCAGUCGGUCGGUGGGGUUUGGAUGGCGGUUUCUGCCCCUUUUAGGGGUGAUAAAGGGGAUCAUUCGGGUUCCUUAAUCAAACAAGGCCCCAAAACAUCUCGGAAACACCCCGUAAACACCCCUCCACCGAACAUGGGCCACUCCUUUUCUCCUCACAGGAAGUUGGGCGCUUCCCACUCCUCUGUCAUUUUCGUUAAGUUGUUUAUUGUUUUGAUUUUCUCCUGACAUACGAGUGUGUAUUUGAGGUGUGCAGUUACAGCCUCUCCGAUUGUCUGUCUUAAGUUUUCUCCUUUUUAAUGAUGUGCCUUUUGCUUCAAACAGUCUUGCGAACAGUUCAACGCUUUAUUCAAAGAGGGAACUAAAACGUAGAGUAGUAUCUUUGAUGUAUAAAGUUACCAAAUGCAUCAAAUUAUUGUGAAUUUUUCCGACAAAUCUGUUCGGAACCUUUAGUGAUUUUAAUACCGAAUGUAAAAGUUCAGUCAAGUUUCUCACACAGGGUUUAUUUGACGUGACACUGGAUCUCAAUAUCCUGUGUGUUUUCGUUUUAGUUUCGUUGUGUCCAACAUUUCCGAAAUACACUGCACCAAAUUUUGUCGAUUUUUGAUGUUUAGAUUUGAUGUUUAUUAUGCUUUUCAAGUAACUGUAUCUUGUUUUAAAAUACUUUUACUGGAAAACAGGACAAAAAAAAUGCAGUGUAGAAUCUUUUCUGACAAACAUCGUUACAAAGAAACCAGAUUCAAUUUUAAAAACGAUUCAUGUUAACGUUUAUACCAUUGCAGUGCACAACAUGAUCACGUUUCUAAAUGCUUCAUGUCCAAAUAAAAAUACGUUUUUAGUCCAGUAUAUUUAAAGUAAUAUUGAAUCUCUUAAAAACUUGUCCAGGUCAUAUUUCACCCCAAAUUCAAAAGAAAAUACAAAGUUUUAAUUAUGCAAAAAGCAAAAUGAAAGGCAGUACAAUGAAUACCACUAUUAUGGAUAAAUAUUAAACAAAUUAAAUAAAAAAUCUGCAUUACAGUAAUGAGAAUGUGGGGGUAAAAAUGUGCUUGAAUUGUCAUAUAAAUAAUGUCAUCAUGCAACAAAUCUUAAAGGUACAAAAAUAGACUUCAGUUCUUUUAACAAUAGUUAAAAUAGCAGAUAAUAAAUACAUUAUUUUACAGGGUUUGUGAGAUUAAACCAACAGCGCCCCAAAACCGUUAAACGUCACGAUGCAAGUUUCAGUUUAUUGCUGACUUGAAGCGUUACAUGAGAUUAGUAAUAUGAAGCUUGUUUUUAGGUGCUUUAAGCUCAAAACGGCUAUUUUUUUGAUCCAAUAAAAAUGUACGUUUACACUGUCAUCAUGCCACAGUAAGAAUGCCUCACCUGUUUUUCAACGUUUCAGUGUGUUUUGUUUGUUUGUUUGUUUUAAUACAGAUUUUGUAACCCAUCUCUGUUGUGUAACGCCAACAUUGUUCUUCUUAGAGACGAGAUUAUCUCCCAUAAAAUCUUUAAUAGAGAUCAUUUUAUUAGAGUUAAACCCAUAUUCGAAUAUUUGUUUUAAGACACAAAGUGAUCUGAUUACGCAGAAAACUCUUAACCCAAAUGUGUUUUGCGUUUCGACAAGCUGUACUUGAGGUACAAUGAUUCAAAAUUCUAUAUUUGUCUGAUGUUUAACGAAAUAUUUAUUUUUUCAUCUUUUUUUAUUUACCCGUAAAGCCAAACGGAUUCCUAGAAUUUAGCGUCAGAGCUGAGGAAAGGAUGACCGGCACAUUCAGUUACAAUUAUUUUUACAUUAAUAUCGUUUGUGCGUACAUCCGUUUCCUACUUUCCAGAUCUGACCUUCUCUAUCUUCAUAAGUGGUGGUUUAUGGAUUAGAUUUAGUUCAUUUAAAUAUAUAUUUUAUAUGUAAUUGUUGGAACAGAUACUAGUCUUCUUUAUUGUAUGAUUGGUGACCGAGGUUGCAGAUAGAUCGUAACCCAAGUUUCAUGCAGGUCGAGGUUUAUUUUUAUGUUAAAUUCUUCUUGUUUUAUUUGAAUUUGUGAUUACUUGAACUAUCUAGGCGUGCGUGUUUUUAACUGCUAGAAUAAAGAUUUUCUGCUCUUAUUGGGAAUUGUUUUGCCUUUAACUGAUGACAUAAGCACUACAAAACUAUUGGGGUGUUUGUGUGAUUCCUUCAGGUCUGUAAAUCUCGACGGACGGAAAUGACGGACGUUUGCUACUUUACCAAAUGUUGUUAAAGGAGUAGUUCAACUAAAAAUGAAUCCUGUCGUCAUUUACUUGCCCUCACAUUGUUCCAAACGCGUAUGACUUUUUUUCUCUAAUGAAACGUAACAUGAGGUUUUUGCAUGUUCGCACUGCGAGUCGAAUCGGCUACUUUUAUUAUAUUUUAUAUUGUUUUUGUCCUUUUUGAAGCUUGGCAUUUAAAAUCAUCAUCAACUACUAUUGAACGAACGAAGGAAAGUCAAAGGGGUUUAAAACGACACGAGGUCGAGUAAAUGAUGACCAUUUUAUUUUUGGCUGAACUGUGCCUUUAAAUUUGAGGCACGUUUGAUUUUAAACUCGUGGUUCGGGAUGUUAAUAGGGAACCGUGUGAAUGGGCGCUUAUCCGUGUUUUCGUACAAGCUAAAUAUAUUUUCUGAUUUCGUUCAUUUUGGUGCAUAUUAAUUUUAGAUAUAUAAGAGAAUCUCAAUAUGUAUAGUUUUAAAGUAUUGAUCAGUCUAUUUAUGAACAGAUUACAGUGUAUAUUAACCAAUUUUUGUGAUAGUUGUGCGGGAGUGUUGUUAGCGCCACCUGCUGGUCAGAGAUGGGACCUGUAUAACUGAUGCAGCUACUGAAGAUAUUCAAGUGCUAUUGAACACUGCAUUAUUAAUAUGAUUGACGGACAGAGGUUUGAUUCUUUGGUUACUGAUAGAUUGACGCGCUUCAAUAAACUCACAAAUAUCGGAUAUAGAUGACUCUUAAACGUCUGUUUGUCCCUUUUACGAAAGAUAUCAACAUUGGUCUGCUGUCAAGGUGGGGAAAAUACUGCUCAUAUGGGAAUUUGCGUCAUUCGUGGAUCUUGACCUAGACGCAUCUUGCAUGCAGACACUCUAAAUGUGAUUGGACCGAUUGGAUUAUGAUGUCAUAAUGGAAAUUUCGUGAUCUGGAUAUAGUCCAGAGUCCGCCUGUAUAGAACUGUCGCUGAACUUUUAACCUUUUGGUUGUACAGAGAGCGUCUGGAAAGAUUGUGUUAAUAAAUGUUAUAUUACUCUUGUACAUAUUUUAUUAUGGAUAUUACAGUUUAUUCUUUAUUUCUUGUUGUAUUCUUUUUCUUUUUUUUUUUGUUCUCAGAUGGAUCAAUAUAAUACAAUAAUAAAAAGAAUAUGUUUUAUUUCA